UGAGAACGUGGAUCGUUCACAGAAGUGUCACGGAACAUAGACACAUCGAGCCAUACGCAACCCACAUCAAUGACAUGUAUUGCAUGGAUGCCUCCCUUCCGUCCGUCGACGUCUGCCGGCACAUCUUGUCUCAAAUAAUAUGUGUGUCUGUGUGUUCGUGUCCUUUUCUCUUUCCGACGUGUCGCUUCCGUGCUUCAAGUGCCGAGCAGCUUCUGCAGACACGUGUUGUAGAGGUUCUCGCACUUGUCUGACGUAUAGUCAAUGCAAUGCAUCCACACACACACGCAGUCCCACACGCAUUCAAUACAGCGAUGAAUGAGUGUACGCACCUUUGUAGUUGUUGCUGAGUGUGGGGCAGAAUGUGAGCAGUGCGCGGCUGCGGGACAGCCACUUCUCGGCGAAGCUGAGGUUUUGCAGGCGGAAGUAGUACACGCCGUUGUUCCACGCAGUCGCAGCAAACCACUCCAGCUGCACACGCAGAUACACAGAUGGACAGACAGACAGACAGACGAACAGACAGACAGACAUGCGAAGCUGUUCGUUAGUCCCAUGGACCUCGUCGUUGGGCCAUCCCUUAGCGCCUGUGGCGCUGAUGCGGUCGUGCAGCUCGUUGUAGAUGGGCAACGUCUGGUUACGAGACGAACGGGACUCUGCACACAUACACACUUUCAGCUCUGUCGUACCUGUGUGUAUUUAUGCGAACCUUCGAUUUCGACGAGCGAUCGGUAUGCCAUGGCUACCUUGGCGAGGUCGGGGCCGGAGGAGCUGGCAAACGACGACACCAGGUACUGCAU